GGGUCAGACGGCCUGUGGGGCCGGGACCGGGAGGGACCCCUGUCUCCUGAAAUGGAGGAGCACCGGGCCGGGGCGGGACUUCAGAACCUGCUGUCUUCUGCUGGCUACUUUGCGUGCGUGCCCCUGAUGCAUAUACCUUGCCGGGACGCGCCCCUGCUGAUGCCUUGCCUGGGCGUGCACGCACUACCUGAAUGGUGAGACUCCUGCAUACCCGUCAGGUGGAGGAGGACGGACCGAGUAGGGUGCGGGCCCAGCCUCUGCAGCUCAGCCCCGGCGACGGUUCCUGGCUCGCCCGUGAACCCCCGGCCCAGCGUGUCUCAGGGCAUGAGGAAUACCAGCAAGGAGCUGCAUGGGGCCGCGAGCCGCUACGCGCCCUGCGACUGGUAUUACCACCUUCCUGUGAAGCAGUCAGAGAAGGCCAUGGACGCCCCACCAGCAUCGCAGAUUCCCGGCCUCAGCGACCUGAGGGAAGCCCCCAGCGGGCACACGCUCGGGGUGCGGAGGUACUGGGUGAAGGAGACAGACUCGGAGUACGUGAAGCUGGCCAAGCAAGGUGGCCGCCCUGAUCUGUUGAAGCACUUUGCCCCCGGGACCACGAAGGGCUCCCCGGUGGCCUACUCCUUGCCAGACUGGUACAUCCACCACAGCAAGCCGCCGACGGCAGACCAGAGACAGGUCCCUGCUGUGUCCAUACCCGAUUACAUGGUUUAUGAAGAGUUUAACCCCGAUCAGGCCACUGGCAACUUCGAGUCCAGAAUGGGCCCCUUCGACUUUGACAUGAAGACGGUUUGGCAAAGAGAGGCUGAGGAACUUGAAAAGGAGAAAAAAAAGGUGAGGCUGCCAGCCAUCAAGUCUAAGUAUCCAAGCAAAGUGGGGACCCCUCUUGGCCACAGAGAUCCUGCAGGAAGCAGACUGUCCUUUCCACCCAUACCUGGUCAAAGACCCAGUUCACCUACAAACUUUUCCAAACUGAUCAGCAAUGGUUAUAAGGAUGAGUGGUUACAGCAGCAAGUGGACUCAGACAAGAGGACCCCGCAGACUCCUCCAUCCUCUGUCUCAUCUCCAUCCCCACUGGACGCUGAGCCGCCCCCAGACCCAGAGGCUCCCGGAGGCACCAAGGAAGCCCCAGAGUCUCCUCCUCCGAGUUCGGCACCACCUCCACCCGACUCAACGCCCGUGGAGCUCAAAUAAACGCGGAUAUGAAGGGCAUCCUGGAUCUAUGUUAUGGCUACAGUCACAAGUCCCCUGUUAUAGCUUAUUAAUAGAUUCUUACAGAGUGAUCGUCUUAGAACAGAUGUGAACUCCCUGCUGCCUGGGGGUGCUGGAGUUGGGUUUUGUUUCUUGCGUCUCUCUGGGAUGGCGGGCGAGUGGCCUUUGCCCUGCUGCGCCUUGCUGGCCUGGGAUGUCAGGGCCGCUUCCUCCGCAUCCGCAGCAGAUAUCACGUCACCUCCUGCUCUGUGAGCCUCUGUGGGCCCCACUUCUACUGAAAUCGGCGGUUUAGAUGCUUAACUGGAAAAAACUCACCCAAAGUUUUUUUACUGUUUUGGUCCUGAAAUUUUUGUAGAAAUAAUUUUUCUGUUACAAAACAGCAUUUAAAAAAAAAAAAAACAAAACAGCAUUUAAUUCCAGAAUAUUGUGAUACAGUUUAUAUUAAGAAAAAGAUUGAUUUGUUAUACCUUGAAGUUUUAAACAUUUAAUAUAAAAACAUUGCAGCAUUUUCUAGUUUUAGAUAUUUGACAAGAUUUUUUGCAUAAACCGAAAUUCAUAAUAGCGAACAUUUAUUGUUUUGCAUUAAGUAAAAAUGUUUAAAUACUUAAUUUAGUAGUCUUAACAAAAAUGUUUUAAUACAGAGACAGUUCUCUCAUUUUAUAAAUUUCAUUGCCAUUUAUAUGUAAGUAAUUAGCAUAAAAUGUAGUUUUAUAUUUUGUGCAUUUAAUUCAUUAAUAAAAUAAUUUUAUGCUGGAGGAUUUUCAGACAGCCAAGUAAAGUCAGAGGUAUUUUAGCUUCUUUCCCAGAAUAAACUUAUCAUGAACUUGCUCACCUCAAGUUGAAGUUUUCAGUUAAUUCUUCAUUUAAAGAUACUGAGUUGAGCACGUGGAUCUGUACCCUUGAAUCAGCCACAGGGAGAUGGUGAGUGGUGUGUGCACUGAACAGAGAGAGUUAGCUUUAGGGGAAGCUGCCAACUUUCCUUUGUCACCCUUUCCUUUCUCUUUAAAACCUACCGCAUCCUCACCCUUCCCUCCUCAAGAAAAAACCACCAGGACCAGAUACAGUAGCUUAGUUAGUGUUAGUUGCUCAGUCGUGUCCAGCUCUUUGUGACCCCAUGGACUGUUGCCGACCAGGCUCCAUGGGGAUUCUCCAGGCAGGAAUACUGGAGUGGGUUGCCAUUCCCUUCUCCAGGGGAUCUUCCUGAUCCAGGGAUUGAACCCAGGUAUCCUGCAUAGCAGGCGGAUUCUUUACCGUCUGAGCCAGCAGGGAAGCCCCAUACAGUAGCUUAUGACUGUUUAAUUCUCUUUUGAGGGUAUUAGAGUACAGAAACCUGUCGUUUAGGGAGAGGACAGACUUUGGGGCAGGGACCUGUGACCAGACCUCGGUUCCAUGCAGGGCCUCUGGUGUCUGUUACUGGUAAAAAACAACCCUGCAGUUAACUUUUUGCUUGGUAAUAAACAACAGACUAUGAAGACAGAAGUUUUGCACAUUCCAUCCAGUUAUUUUGAAGCAAAGGGCUUUUGCCAAAAGAUAGAAAAUAUAGCAAAAUCAUUCUAAAUAAAAAUUGUCAGCUUAAACCAGCAAAAAAAA